AUGCGGGACGUGGGCGUGGUCUUCCUCUGUCUGGCUCGUGCCUAUCACAUCUGGUUGGUCGAGCUCAGAUCACGUCAGGGUCACGCCCGGGAGAUCACGCCAGUAGGUCGAGGACAGGUCACGGACUUUGACAAUCGGGACUUUGACAAUAGGGACUUUGACAAUCGGGACUUUGACAAUAGGGACAUUGACCAUAGGGACUUUGACAAUCGGGACUUUGACAAUAGGGACAUUGACCAUAGGGACUUUGACCAUCGGGACAUUGACCAUAGUGACUUUGAAAAUAGGGACUUUGACAAUCGGGACUUUGACAAUCGGGACAUUGACCAUAGGGACUUAGACAGUAGGGACUUAGUAUCUCUUGACAAAACCCCUGAGGUAUCUCUUGACAAAACCCCUGAGGUAUCUCUUGACAAAACCCCUGAGGUAUCUUUUGACAAAACCCCUGAGGUAUCUUUUGACAAAACCCCUGAGGUAUCUUUUGACAAAACCCCUGAGGUAUCUUUUGACAAAACCCCUGAGGUAUCUUUUGACAAAACCCCUGAGGUAUCUUUUGACAAAACCCCUGAGGUAUCUUUUGACAAAACCCCUGAGGUAACUCUUGACAAAACCUCUGAGCCGUCCCUGUUGCAGUUUGACCGCUGUAUCAAGACUCUGCAGGACGCCCAAUCAACGGACUUCGUGCACUCAGAUAUCCGCUGGGGGCUGUCACAGUUAGAACAGGGGCUGUCACAGUUAGAACAGGGGCUGUCACAGUUAGAACAGGGGCUGUCACAGUUAGAACAGGGGCUGUCACAGUUAGAACAGGAGCUGUCACAGUUAGAACAGGGUCUGUCACAGUUAGAACAGGGGCUGUCACAGUUAGAACAGGGGCUGUCACAGUUAGAACAGGGACUGUCACAGUUAGAACAGGAGCUGUCACAGUUAGAACAGGGGCUGUCACAGUUAGAACAGGGGCUGUCACAGUUAGAACAGGGGCUGUCACAGUUAGAACAGGAGCUGUCACAGUUAGAACAGGGUCUGUCACAGUUAGAACAGGGGCUGUCACAGUUAGAACAGGGGCUGUCACAGUUAGAACAGGGACUGUCACAGUUAGAACAGGAGCUGUCACAGUUAGAAUAG